ACCGAUGUACAUUCGUUGCCUGAAAUUAGUACGAUUAUCACUAGGUAAAUUCUUAGGGGAACCAUGCAAGUGUGUUGGACUUCUGCUAGUAGGAGCCCUGAAUUCAAAGUACGGGAAUGUCAACGGAGUAUAGAUGUCAUAGAUGUGGUAUAGAUGAGCUGUAGCACGGAUCGGCGCAGCUUUAUUGCUGUUAAACCGAACAUCGUGCAAUGGGGCUGUGAAGCAGAACUCUCUCCUUAAAGUUGUAUCGAACAAUGAUGUGCACAUGGGGAACUCCUCAUGCUGCGGAGGAUCACGUGGAGCCUCGGUGAAUGAAGGUUCAGUUUUGGACCGGGUCAUCUCACAGGCUUCUGAUCAUGAUGAAUGUUUGCUGUAUAGGAUUGCCAAUUAUAAGAAUGGUGGUGAACUUAUUGAUGCUUACAACUUGGGAGGUCAAGCUGAAGUAGAGAAGCUAAUAAAAGAACAAUUUGGAAUACUGAUGUAUGCAGAAGGGAAAGGGCAAGUGAUAAACAGGGCUGAGUAUUUACGUUGGAAGUUCAGAGGUCAAGAAAAGGUAGUUCUUCCAAUUGAAGCAUCAUUGAGUCCACAUGAUCCACUUGCAAAAUGGACUGACCAUGAAGCAUGUUGGCGAAUGCAGUACCGUGGCUCACUGGGAGAAACACUACUGCAUGUACUUAUUAUAUGUGAUACAAAGGUCCACACAAGACUAGCUCGCACCCUGCUCAAAUGUUUCCCAAAACAAGCUUUGGAUGUUGUAGAGGGUGAAGAAUAUCUUGGGGCAAGUGCUUUGCACCUAGCAAUUGCAUAUGCUAAUAAUGAACUAGUGCAGGAUCUUGUGGAAGCAGGGGCAAAUGUUUCACAGAGGGCCAUAGGGAGCUUCUUUCUACCAAGGGAUCAACAAAGAGCAAGACCAAGUAAACAUACAGACUAUGAAGGGCUGGCCUAUCUAGGAGAGUUCCCUUUAGCAUGGGCAGCAUGUUGCUCUAAUGAAAGUGUUUAUAAUCUGCUUCUUGACUCAGGUGCUAAUCCUGAUGCUCAGGACUCCUUUGGAAACAUGAUACUGCACAUGGUGGUUGUCUGUGAUAAGUUGGAUAUGUUUGGCUAUGCAUUACGUCAUCCAAAGCUACCUGCCAGCAAUGGAAUUGUGAACCUAUCUGGUCUUACUCCACUCACACUUGCUUGUAAGUUAGGUCGAGCCGAGGUAUUCCGAGAGAUGUUGGAAUUGAGUGCGAGAGAAUUCUGGCGGUACAGCAACAUUACUUGUUCAGCAUACCCACUAAAUGCACUGGAUACUUUGUUGCCAGAUGGACGAACCAACUGGAACUCUGCACUUUUCAUAAUUCUGAAUGGAACGAAAGAAGAGCACUUAGAUAUGUUAGAUGGAGGAAUUAUUCAGCGACUGUUAGAAGAAAAAUGGAAGACGUUUGCUAGGUUUCAACUUUACUUCAAGGCGUUGAUCUGCAGAAGCAUGCAAUUUAUUGCUGAGUUAACAUUCUUUCUAGGCCAAAAUCAAUUCCUCAAACGUCUAGCUAUAUUGUUUCUACAUCUGUUUAUGCUCAGUAUGGCAAUUUAUUUAAGACCAGUUGAUCAUAAUAAGCCUCUUCUGGGUGGAACUGAGUGGAAUGACUUGGGUCGCUAUGGUUUUGAAAUUGGUACUGUUAUUGGUGUGUUGUGCUAUGUCAUUGUCCAGCAAGGUGAAGAGAUUAAAAACCAAGGCUUCUGGAGUUUCUGUAAGCAACUGAUCCAUGCCCCAGAUAAGGCCAUCUUCCUACUGUCAAACUUACUGAUUCUGGCAUGCAUUCCAUUUCGAUUGACUGGAGAUGUUAUUACUGAGGAAGCCAUUUUAGUGUUUGCUCUUCCUGGGUCUUGGUUUUUGCUCAUGUUUUUUGCAGGUGCCAUUCGCUUGACCGGGCCAUUUGUUACAAUGGUCUACUCUAUGUUAGUUGGUGACAUGCUUACAUUUGGAAUAAUCUAUUCAAUUGUUUUAUUUGGUUUCUCACAAUCAUUCUACUUCCUGUAUAAAGGAUAUCCUGGAGUUAAAACAUCUCUGUACCAUUCCUAUUCUUCAACGUGGAUGGCUUUGUUUCAGAUUACUCUUGGUGACUAUAAUUAUUCAGAAUUGAGUCUCACAUCAUAUCCAACAUUAUCAAAAACAGUCUUCACGAUUUUCAUGAUUCUUGUUCCAAUUCUGUUGUUAAACAUGUUGAUUGCCAUGAUGGGCAAUACAUAUGCUCAUGUCAUAGAACAAAGUGAAAAGGAGUGGAUGAAACAGUGGGCAAAGAUUGUUGUAAGUUUGGAAAGAGCUGUCAACCAGGCAGAUGCCCACCAUUACUUGCAAGAAUACAGUAUUUCACUGGGUGCAGGCGAUGAUCCCAGCACUGAGCAAAGGGGAGUCAUGGUAAUUAAAAGCAAAAGUAAGACACGGGCUAAGCAGCGCAAAGGAGCUGUAGCUAACUGGAAGCAUGUUGGGAAAGUGACAAUCAGAGAACUCAAGAAACGUGGAAUAACUGGUGAGGAACUAAGGCGCAUGAUGUGGGAACGAGCAGAUAUUUCCACUCCCAUACGAAUGCCCCCAAGCCCAGAUCCUCUCGAUCCAGAUGUAAAUGCUGGCUUUGGGGAUGCUCUGACUGCAGCCCUCGAUGUUAUGGCAUUCACUAAUGAUCUUGACUUGAGUUCAACUAAUCAGCCUUUAACAAACUCAGGAAUAACUCAAGUGCCAGCGCCAGUGCUAAUGCCAGCACCAGCACCAGUCCCAACACCAACACCAGCACCAUCCUUUCCUCCAGCUGUGACAUCAGCAAAUCUGAGUGUGCCAAAUGAGGGAACAGGAGGUUGCAACAUGGGAACUGAGCUACCUACACAGACAGCUCCAUCUUCUGUCCCAUCACUUUAUCCCAAGCUGGAAGCUGACCAUUCAGACAAAGAUCAUCUUCGUCAACUAGUGCUAGCAUCAGAAUUGCCACAUAUACCAGAAUCAGAGCUGGUGAGAAUAGCAACAGCAGCAACUGACAUGGAUGGAGUAGAAGAGGUAUCACUGAGAGAGCAACAUCAGUACUGCUGCCUGUCACUGUCACAGGAGGCACUUGAUGAGAGAAGACAAAAAAUCACGUCAAUUGAGCCCAGUGAUAGUGAUGGUCUUGGUGAAGGACCACUGCUAGGUCAUGGCUCACGCAUCAGGAGGGCACGUUCAGCCAGGCUACGCAGUGCUAACUCAGGCAAUACCAGUGCUAGUCAAGACCAGAAGCACUUGUUUCAUCACUUUGAUGAUGUUAGUUCAUGUACCUCAUCUGACAGUGGCCUUGUUAACCCAACCUUUGCACAUGAUCUGUCAAGAAACAUGAGAGCUGCAGAAUCCUUUGGAAAUAUGCAGUGCACUGAAAGUGGUGAUAAAAUUAAGAAACAAAGAGAUUCUGUCAUGAAAACUAAUACUUCUGAUGUCCAGAGAGAUAAGAAAAUAGAAGUUUUGGCUCAGAAACAUUCCAGUGUUCGUACAAGACAAAGGGCAAAGACAGCACGCACUAACAGGGUUGCUCCCUCAUCCAUUGAUUCCAUCAGAAGAACUGGAUCAGCUGCUACAGUACCCAGUAUUCAUCAAGAAAUGAAUGGCAAUGUGAAUCCCCCUCCAUCACCUCCAGAUCCACUUGAUGCUUGGAGUACACGCAACAUUGCCAAUAUGAAUGCAUUAUUGGAGUUGGGGAAAGAUGAAGAAAGCUUGUAAAUUGAUAUGAAAUAUAAGUUUAAUUUCUGGUAGUGGAAACUGCCAUGCACACAUGGGAAACAUUGGUAUCAGCGUUGUCUUACCAGGCCCUCUUAGAGUGGGUGACCUAAUAUUCUGUCAAAGAGCUGAUAUUUUAAUCAUGACAUGAACCAAUCUCUGCUUAGAAUCCAUAAUUUUAGCACAUGCCAUAUGCAUGCAUGUUUUCAUGUGACAUGCAGACAUAUCAUAUUCACUUUCAAAGCAAGAACAUCCUUUUUGAAGAAAUCAACAAUCUUUUCACAGCUAGUGAAAUGUGCACCUUACUGCAGCAGUUUGGAUAUCAAUGCAGUGUUAUAUCCUCUGCAUAUGUAAAUAGUUAUAUUUUUCCUAUGAAGCCCAUUUCUAUAAUGUUACAUAUUUUUUUCUUGCUGUGGAAUUCAAUGAAACAUGAAACCACUACUUACAGAAUUCUAUAUUUUGCACAAUAUUUCCAGCCUUAAUGCAUUGUUGAUUUGUUCUGUCGAUAAAAAAGCAAAAAGUCAGAAAAAUGAAUUUCAGAUAUUAUAAAAUUAUAUUUACUGCAAUUAUCUGUGGUGUGAAAAUAUACUGAUCCCUUGGCAAUGCUUAAUCUGAUAAAAUGAUUCAAGAUCACAUAUAUUUGCUGACAAAAAUAAGGUAAGAAAGAAAUAGUAUUUCACAGUUCCUAAAGUUAGUGAUUUAUGGUGUAAUAAAUAGCAUUUUAUAAUCGAUAAAA